GCCUGGGCUUGACAGUGGAAGUUUUGGUCUGGGAAAUAAUUAUUAUUUGGACGAAAUGGAGUACAGUGAGUGGGCCAGGUCUGUAAUUAUUCUGGAACCAGUAAACCAUGGCAUCAAAGAAAUUUGCUGUUAAAUGUGGGAACUUUGCUGUCCUGGUGGAUCUUCAUGUAUUGCCGCAAGGUUCAAGCAAAGAUACUAGCUGGUUUUCUGAACAGAAAAAAGAGGAAGUCUGUUUACUGUUAAAAGAAACCAUUGAUUCAAGAGUGAAGGAGUACUUACAAGUUCGUAAACAGCACAGGCCAUCAGAUACAGAAUUCACAAGAUCCAAUCCCUUGUCCUUAAAAGGUUAUGGCUUUCACAUCACAGCCUAUUUCCUCAAAAGAAGAAUACGUCUCCGCUGCCUCAGGGGCUCACCAAGGACAGGUAAGAAGCCGAUUUCUUGGGUCAUUCUGCACAAUGAGUGUGUCCUUAGAGAAGGAAGGAAAAUUGAGGCAUGUCGAUUCCUAGUGGCCGCAUAG